ACAGUGACACAUUGCUACUCUCUUCUUCCCAAUAUCACAUAUCUCUCUCUCUCUCUCUCUCUCUCUCUCUCUCUCUCUCUCUCUCAAAAGCGUGUGCCUGCCUGUGAGCUCUGUGACUGACUGUCUCCGGCCACUAAGGCACUAACUGGCGCGCGCGCACGCACGCCCUUGCGCUCUUGGAGUCUUGCGAACCAGAUCAUUUCACUUCAGAUCGACCACCGGUUGCUUGCUUGCUUUGCUUGCCGCCAUUCCUAGCUACCGAGCUAGGAAACUAGCUAGCACCUGCAGCCCGGCCGGCCAGCAGGCGCCGUGUCCUGGUUCGCGUUGGGCGUCGUGAGCUGCCGGAGACAGAUGAGCCGGCGCCGGUGCCACGCCGCCGUCCUCCUCGCCGCCGUCCUCUUCGCCGCGGCCAUGGUUGUCACCACGGGGAGGCCAAUCCGUUUGCCAGCAGGCGCGCUCGCGAGGAGAAUAGACUCGUCGACGAUGAUCACCAGGAGCACAUCGACGGUUGAUGACGACGAUACCACGCCACCUCGCCGGCGGUGGCUCGUCGGGCCGGGGUCGUCGCCGCCGACGUGCCAGGCCCGGUGCGGGCGGUGCACGCCGUGCCGGGCGACCCGCGUGGCGAUCCAUUCGGAGGUGGGACCCCAGUGGGAGUACUACCCGGAGGUGUGGCGCUGCAAGUGCGGCAACAAGCUCUCCAUGCCGUAGCUAGCUUUCCUGCGUGUUCUCGAAAAAGAAAGGCGAUGGCGUUAGUUUUGGAAAUGGUACAAAAUGAACGGGAGAAGAGAGUUAAAGACGAUUGAUUAGAUCAUUAGGCGUGCGUGGUGUUGUAUAUGCAAAUCAAGAUCUUGACUGCUUCUAUAUAUUGCUCGUUUUCUGUUCUUGAAUAUUUCUUGAACAACUGUACUGUCGACUUGUAAUUAUAUUGUAGUACUUUUACC